AUGCCUGCCUAUCACUCCGUCUUCCUCGAUGAGCCCAACCAGCACAUCAUAGGCAACUUUGCCCUCCUCCCGCUCCGCACACGGACGCGCGGCCCGGCGAUGCAGCUGCCCCCUCUCCCCGCCGACAUCACCGAGCUCACUAUCGAACCCUCGCACGAAUCCUACGACCCCAUCGACGAAAUCGUUUCCCUCUUCCGCGCGAACACUUUCUUCCGCAACUUCGAGAUUAAGGGCCCUGCCGACCGUGUGCUCAUCUAUGGCAUUCUGUUCGUCAGUGAGGUGCUGGGCAAGAUCAAGCCGGGCAUGGCACGGAGAGAAGCGGAGAAGGCUGCCAUGAAUCUCGCCCUCGACAACAACUUUGCCAUCCCGGGCGACGCCUCCUUCCCUCUCAACCAAGCUUUCGAGGCACCCGGAAACCGCCAGGAUGCCGAGACCCUUCGUCAAUACAUCUCGCAGAUGCGUCAGGAGAUUGCCGCACGGUUGCUGAACCGGGUAUACGCUACGGAUGACGGCAACACGCCGAGCAAGUACUGGCUCAGUUUCACCAAGAGGAAGUUCAUGAACAAGGCGUUGUAG